AUGAAGAAGAUAAACAGCUAUAAGGAAGCGACCAACGUGAUCACUAGAAUUAGUCAAAUAACAUCCCUGCGAAAUUUUCAAGAUUGGAGAAAGAAUAAAUUCAAAUUUGUGUGUUCCUGGCUGUACGAUAUUUUUAUCCUCUGUCUGUACACUUAUACCAAAUACAAUUUUGACACAUACAUGCUGCAUCAAAUGCCAUAUAACAGUGAACGCGCCAUGAUCACUUUUCUGAAGUACGUGUUUAUCAUUGGAUUUUUAAUCUUGGCAAUACUAAGUCUCUACCAUUCCAAGAAUACGGUGAUGUUGAUGAAGGAAAUCGACAAAGUGGACGAGAACCUGCAAAAACUGGGAUGCGCGGUCGAGUAUCGCUCGCUGUACAUUCACGUAGUGCUCGUUGGAUUAUUCUGGUUCCUGAGCGCAUUCAUACUGUCUACGAUCUAUAUAAAAUGGCUAGUAUCGUUUGGACAAACGCUGUAUCUGUAUCACUUGUGUUCUACUCUCAGCUACGUGUACGGAACAAAUGUUGCGUCAAUUGUUCUUUAUGAUUUCAAGAUAUACGUAUAUUGGCUGGGACACAGGUUCAAGCAGACAAACGAACUUCUCAGAACAUUCCUCGUGGAGGGUCAUCAGAUAAAAACGGAAGACACAGUCGUGGAAAAAUCGAAUGUUUUGAACAAACGAUUUCGUUUGGACAGAUGGUUGUCUGAACAUUCUAUUCAUCGUUCACGUGUGCUCCCUUUGAGUCAUCCUCUGAAUAUAAAACACGAGUCGCAAUCCGUUAAAAAGGUCCACUUACUUCAACAAAUCAGAUUCGUGCAUCUGCAACUUUGCGGAGUGUCGAAGAUGGUGAAUCGGAUUUUCAACGGGCAAUUAAUAGUGUACGUAGCGAUGACGUUGACGUACAUCACUAUCAUCCUUUACUACUUGUACACGGAGGUCUACAAACCAGAAACGUUUCUGUCCAAAUUGAGCGUGAUAACGGUGUUACUCAUAGAAGUGUUGAGCUAUUGCGUUAAGAUCGCCUUAGUGAGCUAUAAUUGCGAGUACACGACGAAUCAGGCUAACAGAACAAUAGAAAUCAUUCAUGCUUGCUCUGUGUACGAUAUAGACACUGAAUUGAAAGACGAGAUUCUUCAAUUCUCUUUGCAAAUGUCUCACACUCAACUUGGAAAAUCGAAAUCUGCUUACUUUAGAUUGAACUACUCCUUCAUUCGCGACUGUAUAAGCUUCGUGGCGACUUAUCUGGUGAUUAUGAUACAGUGGAACCAAACCGUCUAUAGUAUAAAUGAAUGA